AUGGGGUUCAUUGAUGAGGCCAGCAUGGACGACGAGCUCCGACAGUAUCUCAAAUGCUGCGAUGCUGCUCGACGCCACUACUGCUCCAAGAAAAUGCGAAAGGAGCCAGUGGCCAUUGUCGUUGAGAUCCAGUACAUGCUGCAGUGUUACUUCGACAUGCGGAAGUAUACGCAUACCUGGUACAAAAUCGUUGAGAACCUCAGCUCCCACCCAGUCUUGGCCGACGGCAGGCGACUCGGCAGGUCCGAGGUCGGCAAGCUUUCGGUCGGCGGGUCCCUUGAAUUCAUGGCUAAGGACGGAAGCCUCUUGGAAUUCAGGCUGCGAACAGCGCAGCAACGCUGGAUUCAGAUACGAAGCGAAGCGAAGCGUUUCCUUUCCAGCAUGGCGGAUCCCAGUGGCUACUACGCUGUCCUUGGCGUGUCGCAGACGGCGAGUGAGGCGGAUGUGAAGAAGGCUUAUCGGAAGGAAGCUUUGAAGUGGCAUCCGGAUAAGAACCCUGACAACAAGGAGGAAGCCGAGAAAAAGUUCAAGGCCGUUGCAGAGGCCUACGAGGUACUGUCUGACCCCCAGAAAAGAGCAGCCUACGACCGUGGCGAGGCGUUCGAUGGAAGUGGCAUGGGUGGGUUCCACUCUGGAUUCAACGGGGAUGCUUUCAGUGUCUUUGAGCAGUUCUUCGGUGGCCGCAAUCCAUUCGCCGAAAUGGAUCGGAUGUUCGAAGAGAUGCACAGGGGCUCCAGGUCUGGGUCUGGGUCCGGGCGUGCGAGGUCCAGCUUCGGAGCCUUCGACGACCCUUUCUUCUCGGGUGGCUUCGGCGGUGGUGCCGGUGGUGCAUCCUUCAGCUCUUUCAGCAGCUCCAUGGGCGGCGGGAGUGGAGGCAUGAUGACCAGCACGACGACCACCACCAGGAUUGUGAACGGUCAGAAGGUCACAGUCACCGAGAAGACGGUCCGCAAGCCGGAUGGUACGGUCGAGACCACAAGAAGCGAGUCCAAAGGGGAUGGAAACGGCGCAAGCGGUGCAGGAAUGCUCGGCUCCGGCUUCGAUAGCUUCUUUGGAGGCAGCAACCUUUCGGCCUCGGAUGGUGAGCUGCUGCCGAUGCCGCGGAUGCAGGCGGCUCUCUUGCUAGAGGCGUGGCAAGAUCCUGGGCGCUUGUUUCGAAUUCGUUUGGAGAUCCGAUACGCGAAGUGUGCUGAAGCGCACUUCUGUUCUGCUGGUUCGACCUUGGUUUUCCUUAACGAACAGGUGCGAACCGCGAGUGGACAGGUCUAA